AGAGAAGGUGACCUUGAGGAGGUCCCAGACACAGCAGCACCAUGGCCUCUGCCACCUCUGUGACCAGCCUGGAAGAUGAAGUCAACUGCCCCAUCUGCCAAGGUUCCCUGAGGGAGCCAGUCACCAUUGACUGUGGGCACAACUUCUGCCGUGGUUGCCUUACCCGUUACUGUGAGAUCCCAGGCCCAGACCCUGAGGAACCCCCCACCUGCCCACUCUGCAAGGAGUCUUUCCGUCCAGGGAGCUUCCGACCCAACUGGCAGCUGGCCAGUGUGGUAGAGAACAUCGAGCGCCUCAAGCUGGUGUCCGUGCUGAGCACAGGAGAGGAUGUCUGCCAGGACCAUGGGGAGAAGGUCUACUUCUUCUGUGAGGAAGAUGAGAUACAGUUGUGUGUGGUGUGUCGGGAGGCCGGGGCGCACCGAGCCCACACUGUCCGCUUUCUGGAGGAGGCAGCAAGGCCCUACAGGGAACAGAUACAGAACUGCCUUGAGUGUCUAAGAAAAGAGAGAGAGGAGAUUCAAGAGAUUCAGUCAAGAGAAAAUCAGAGGAUACAAGUCCUUCUGACUCAGGUGGCCACCAAGAGACAAAGAGUGAUCUCUGAGUUUGCACACCUGAGCCAAUUCCUGGAGGAGCAGCACAGUGUCCUCUUAGCCCAGCUGGAGAGACUGGAUGGGGACAUCCUGAAGCAACGGGAUGAGUUUGAUGUCCUGGUCACUGGGGAGAUGUGCCGGUUUAGUACCCUGAUCGCAGAACUGGAGGAGAAGAAGGAGAGGCCGGCCAGAGAGCUCCUAAUGAAUAUCAGAAGCACUCUGAUAAGGUGUGAAACCAGAAAGUGCCGGAAACCAGAGGCUGUGUCCCUUGAGCUGGGCCAGAGGAUUCGUGACUUCCCCCGUCAGGUUUUCCCACUGCAAAGGGAGAUGAAGCUGUUUCUGGAAAAACUCUGCUUUGAGUUGGACUAUGAACCAGCUCACAUCUUUCUAGACCCCAAGACUUCCCACCCCAAGCUCCUCUUGUCUGAGGACCACCAGCAGGCUCGGUUCUCCUACAAAUGGCAGAACUCGCCAGACAGUCCCCAGCGUUUUGACAGGGCCACCUGUGUCCUGGCCCAAGGUGGUUUCACAGGGGGAAGACACACCUGGGUGGUGAAUGUAGACUUGGCUCACGGGGGCAGCUGCACUGUGGGGGUGGUCAGUGAGGAUGUGAGGCGGAAGGGAGAGCUUCGGUUGAGGCCAGAGGAGGGGGUAUGGGCCAUGAGGCUGGCAUGGGGCUUCGUCUCAGCCCUUGGCUCUUUCCCCACACGGCUGGCCCUCAAAGAGCAGCCCAGGCAGGUGCGGGUGUCGCUUGACUAUGAAGUGGGCUGGGUGACCUUUAUCAAUGCUGUUACCCAGGAAUCCAUCUAUACCUUCACUGCCUCCUUCACCCAGAAGAUAUUCCCCUUCUUUGGACUCUGGGGUCGAGGGUCCAGUUUCUCCCUGAGCUCCUAAGACAGUGAAGUUACCUUCCUCUUGAUACAGGGUUCAAAAAGAGGACUGUAUAAACUUGACCUUUGGCUGGGUCACCUGGUAGACUUGAAACAGAUAGCAUGGCUUCGGAUGAUAUAAUGGAGUCAGAACU